AGUAUUAGUUAUCCUCUGCCAAUCAACUCAUCAUGUCCCGCGAACUUAUGGUCGAAACCGGUGGUGAGCUCAUCGGAAACACCCCACUCCUGAAGCUCAACAAGAUCGGAAAGGAUCUCGGUGCAUCGAUUGCCGUCAAGGUAGAGUACAUGAACCCUGCCUGCUCGGUCAAGGAUCGUAUCGCGUUCAACAUGAUCGACACAGCUGAGAAGGCCGGGCUCAUCACCCCCGGCAAAACUGUGCUCAUUGAGCCAACCAGUGGAAACAUGGGAAUUGCGUUGGCCUACUGCGGAAAACUUCGUGGGUACAAAGUUAUUCUUACGAUGCCAGCGUCGAUGAGUAUUGAGAGAAGGUGUCUGUUAAAGGCCUACGGUGCUGAGGUGAUUCUUACCGAUCCAGCGACCGCGGUCAAAGGAGCUGUCCAAAGAGCCGAAGAGCUUCGCGAUGUGAUUCCAAAUGCGUAUAUCUUGAACCAAUUCGGAAAUCCAGCAAAUCCAGAAGCCCAUUAUAAGACUACAGGACCAGAAAUUUGGAGGCAGACACAGGGCAAGGUUGAUAUCGUAUGCUUCGGAGUUGGAUCAGGUGGAACUUGCACUGGAGUCGGACGAUUCUUGAAGGAGAAGAACCCAAGUGUUCAAGUGUUCCCAGUUGAGCCAUUUGAGAGUUCUGUGAUCAAUGGACUUCCACAUAGCCCACACAAAAUUCAAGGCAUGGGAACCGGAAUGAUUCCUGACAUCCUCGACUUGACCCUUUUCUCCGAGGCUCUGCGAGUUCAUUCCGAUGAUGCUAUUGCAAUGGCCAAGAAGCUUGCCGACGAGGAGUCGAUUUUGGGUGGAAUCUCGUCUGGAGCCAACGUGUGCGCUGCAGUUCAGUUGGCCAAGCGACCGGAGAAUAAGGGGAAACUAAUUGUCACCACAGUUAACAGUUUUGGAGAACGCUAUCUUUCAACCGCCCUCUACGCCGAGCUCCGUGAUAACGCCGCCAACAUGAAACAGUUGAACCUCGACGAUUCCAUCAAGAUUGCCAAAGAAUACCUAGGAAUUUAAACUUUCGAAUUUCAUAUUGUGUGAAAAUGUUUCAUUCCAAAAAAUGUUGUUUUGGAAAAUAAAUAAAUUUAUUUAAA